AAAAAGUCCCUAAAUGCAUACAAAAAGUGAACAAACUGUAUCUAAAUUCCCUUCAGAUUCAAACGCUCCCAUUCAAUUUCCGAAAAUAUCAAACAGACACUUAAAUCCCCCAAUUCCAACCAUCAAUUCAACCCUUCAAGUUCAAAUUAUUGAAUUUCAAAUUUUUGUUUAACUCUCUACACCAAACACAACCCUAAUCAAAACCUGCAAAAAAUGCAUACCACAAAUCCUUCAGAGUCGUCUCCACCGUCUGAUACCGUCGACAGUUCGCCACUCCUCACCCACUCGCUAGCUGACCACCUUCUUCGAAGCCGACGCCUUUUACGGCGUCCACCGCAGCCUCUCCGUGGUGCGGCUGCUAGGCUCCUCCGACGAGCCAGCAGCCGGCGCAUGAUGCUUCGAGAGCCCUCUGUCCGGGUCCGCGAAAAUGCAGCGGAACAGCUUGAGGAGCGUCAGACCGACUGGUCCUACUCGAAGCCGAUUAUUGUGCUCGAUGUGUUGUGGAAUUUUGCGUUUGUGGGGAUUGCUGUAGUAGUAAUGGUUUUGAGCGUCAAGGAGGAGACUGAGGUGCCGUUGAGGUUGUGGAUAAUUGGGUAUGCUUUGCAGUGUGUGUUUCAUAUUGCGUGUGUGAUCUUCGAGUACAGAAGGCGCCUUAAUGAAAGGAAUGUGGGAUUGGGAGCGAGUGGCAGCUGGAGGAGUGAAGAUACUAGCUCGGUAUCGGGGAGUGAUGGAGGAGAUUCUGUGGACUAUAGCCCUGGACAGCGUGCCAAUGAUGAAGAAACUAGUGUUGUAAAGCAUCUGGAGUCUGCAAACACAAUGUUUUCAUUUAUUUGGUGGAUCAUCGGAUUUUAUUGGGUUACUGCUGGUGGCCAAAACCUGACGCGUGAUUCACCUCAGCUAUACUGGCUUUGUAUUACAUUUCUUGCUUUCGAUGUGAUCUUUGUAAUUAUCUGUGUUGCUGUUGCAUGUCUUAUUGGGAUUGCUAUUUGCUGCUGCCUUCCAUGUAUAAUUGGAAUCUUAUAUGCAAUGACAGAGCGGGAAGGAGCAACAAAGGAAGAAAUUGAUCGAUUACCAAAGUACAAAUUCCACAGGACUGGGGAUAUUGAGAAAGUUAAUGGUGAGAUUCAAGCUUCUUUUGGAGGGAUGAUGACUGGAUAUGAACCCGAUACACCCACUGUACACCUUCUCUCGCAUGAGGAUGCUGAAUGCUGCAUUUGCCUCUCUGCAUAUGAAGAUGGAACUGAGCUGCGAGAACUACCUUGUCAUCACCAUUUCCACUGUACGUGCAUUGAUAAGUGGCUUUGCAUCAAUGCAACCUGUCCACUCUGUAAAUAUAACAUUCUAAAGGCAGGGAACCAGAGUGGUGGAGAAGAAGUAUAGAAACCAGGUUUUUAGCUAAGAGAAUUGGAUAGAGAUUCCUCCCUAUCUGUGUCAUCAUGGGCACACGACCAUCUUCUUGGCACCGAGGAUGGAUUUUGCUGAGACGGUUUUAACCAAUCUCCUCGUAGUUCUCCUUGGUCUUUGUGCUCAGUGUAUAUGAUAUUUUUACUGUUACCCGUUAAAGAAACAUAUCGAUUUACCACUUAGUAACAUGUUUUAUUUGUAAACUAGCUCGCACUGUUUGUCUUUGCAGUUGUGCGACCUAAAUAAUAAUGAUAAUAAUAAUUUAUAUAAAAGUA